UGUUUCCGGCGUCGGCGGCCGCGGCCGGGGACGGUGUGAGAGCGGUAAGAUGGCGGCGGCAGCGGUGGUGGAGUUCCAGAGAGCCCAGUCUCUACUCAGCACCGACCGGGAGGCCUCCAUCGACAUCCUCCACUCCAUCGUGAAACGUGAUAUUCAGGAAAAUGAUGAGGAGGCAGUACAGGUCAAAGAACAGAGUAUCCUUGAACUGGGGUCUCUCCUGGCGAAGACUGGACAAGCUGCUGAACUUGGAGGACUCCUGAAGUAUGUACGCCCUUUCUUGAAUUCCAUCAGUAAGGCUAAAGCAGCUCGUCUGGUUCGAUCUCUUCUUGAUCUGUUUCUUGAUAUGGAAGCAGCUACUGGACAGGAGGUUGAGCUGUGUUUAGAGUGCAUCGAAUGGGCCAAAUCAGAGAAAAGAACUUUCUUACGCCAAGCUUUGGAGGCAAGACUGGUGUCUUUGUACUUUGAUACCAAGAGGUACCAGGAAGCAUUGCAUUUGGGCUCUCAACUGCUUCGGGAGUUGAAAAAGAUGGACGAUAAAGCCCUUUUGGUGGAAGUACAGCUUUUAGAAAGCAAAACAUACCAUGCAUUGAGUAAUCUGCCGAAAGCCCGAGCUGCCUUAACCUCUGCUCGAACCACAGCAAAUGCCAUCUACUGCCCCCCUAAAUUGCAAGCCACUUUGGACAUGCAGUCAGGUAUUAUCCAUGCAGCAGAGGAGAAGGACUGGAAAACUGCAUACUCAUACUUCUAUGAGGCAUUUGAGGGCUAUGAUUCCAUCGAUAGCCCCAAGGCCAUCACAUCUCUGAAGUACAUGUUGCUGUGCAAAAUCAUGCUCAACACCCCAGAAGAUGUCCAGGCUUUGGUGAGCGGAAAGCUUGCACUUCGUUAUGCAGGGAGGCAGACAGAAGCAUUAAAAUGUGUGGCUCAGGCUAGCAAAAACAGAUCGCUGGCAGAUUUUGAAAAGGCUCUGACAGACUACCGGGCAGAGCUUCGGGAUGAUCCAAUCAUCAGCACACACUUGGCCAAGUUGUAUGAUAACUUACUGGAACAGAAUCUGAUUCGAGUCAUUGAGCCUUUUUCCCGAGUACAGAUUGAACACAUAUCUAGCCUCAUCAAACUCUCCAAGGCCGACGUGGAAAGGAAAUUAUCACAGAUGAUUCUUGACAAGAAGUUUCAUGGGAUUUUGGACCAGGGGGAGGGUGUCCUGAUUAUUUUCGAUGAACCCCCAGUAGAUAAAACUUAUGAAGCUGCUUUGGAAACAAUUCAGAACAUGAGUAAAGUAGUGGACUCCCUCUACAACAAAGCCAAGAAACUAACAUAGAGUUGGAUCUGUAGCGGUCCUUUGGAGAGUGUGUGUGGCGGGAGAGUGAAACCUUGGGGGAAAUGCUAGGAGAUUUUCUUUUUUUUGUUCUACUUUUCGCUCGGAAAGUUUUUAAACCCUAAUUUGGUGCAUCUGUAUUCCAGCCGAUAGGUGUGCCAGUUUUCAUGUAAUCUUUACUGGCCCAACUUGGGAGUGGGGAAAUUGCUUAAAAAAAAAGAAAAAGAAAAAAAAAAAGAUUAUUCUAAAUAAAAGGAAAAAAGGCUUACACUA